GUAAAAGAUAAACACUAGUAUAAAUAUGACUCCUUUUCUCUUAUUUUGAUUCUUGUCAUCUUUUAAAUAUUACAUACUUUAAGACCCUUCAUGGCGUCACAAGAAAACGUUACGAAAGAUGAGCUACAAUACUCUGAAAAAAAGGAAGAAGAAAUAAUAAAUGAAAAAGAAACAAAGGGCCAAGAAGAGUUCUGGCUUAAGGACACAAGUGAUGUAAAGGCUGUCGAAGAACUUGCCAAACAUGAUGACGAACAUUAUUUUAAUGCGGAUGAAACCGACCUUGCCAUUGUAAACGAGAUUGCUAUCACCGAGGAUACCCCUAAUGUUCCCAUCAUCACGGUUCGUGCUAUUGUUGUUGGUGUGAUUCUUUCAAUCCUUUCCUCUUCUGUUUAUCAGCUGAUGAACUUUAAGCCAGCCGGUAGCAGUCUCAAUAACUCAUUUUUGUUGAUUGUUGCCUAUGUAUUAUGUGAUGCAUGGGCCAGGUAUUUACCUCAGGGAGGAUGGCUCAAUCCUGGACCCUUCAACUUUAAAGAACACACUUUUGUCUACAUCAUGUUUGCAACUGCCAACGACUCUGCCUAUGGUACAAGUGUCUUAUCAACACAACAACUUUACUUCAACAGAACACCAGGAGUUGCUGGCUCAAUCUUCUUUUUGUUCUCUACUCAGCUUAUUGGUUAUGGUAUUGCUGGUCAACUUCGAUCUUUCAUGAUAUAUCCUGCAAGCGUGAUCUGGCCCAGUACACUCCCAACCGUCUCUGUCUUGAGUACCUUUUGUAAAAGCAGCACGGAAGCCAAAUGGCGUACAAAAUUCUUCUUUAUCACAUUCGGCAUCAUCUUUGUAUACGAAUUCAUUCCGCUUUACAUGUGGCCGUUACUCAGUGGCUUCUCCAUCGUCUGCUUGGCCAGUCGAAACAGUCAACUUGUUCAGAACCUCUUUGGUGGCGUCGAUCCUAAUGAAGGCUUGGGCUUUUUGAAUCUGUGCUUUGACUGGAAUCGUCUAAACAUGGCUGCUCCUUUGACAUACCCUUGGUGGGUGCAAGCUAACUCCCUUGCUGGUAUUGGUCUCCUUUAUCUUCUGGCACCCAUUUUCUAUUAUUGCAAUGUAUGGAACGCACAAAGUUUCCCAUUCUUGUCCAACAGUAUCUUCCGUCUCUUUGACAACGGUACUGCUGAUUAUUAUCCUCAAGAUCAAGUCAUUACAGCCGAAAACACUCUUAAUGAAACUGCCUUGGCUGAAAUUGGUCCUCCAGUCUACUCUCCUGUGUAUGCUCUCAGUUAUGUGUUUCUGAAUGCAGGCAUGACCUCGAUUAUAACACAUGUCAUUCUGUUUUACGGAAAGGACAUCUGGAAGUCCUUCCUCGUCGCUAAAUCCAAUAUGAAAUCUGACAAGCUUGAUGUUCAUAUGAGGGAAAUGAAGAAGUACCCUGAAGUUCCCGAUUGGUGGUACUAUAUCAUUUACGUAGCUGCGCUUGGUGUAAGUAUUGGUGUCUCCUACGCUAACAACAGCGGUUUCCCUUGGUGGGGCACCAUCUUUGCCGUCAUUCUUUCUUCUAUCCUUUCACUCCCUCUCAACAUGAUCACUGCUAUCACAGGUAGUUCUAUCGGUUUAAACGUUUUUACUGAAAUGAUUGCUGGUUUUAUCCUGCAUGGUCAACCUAUUUCCAAUAUGUAUUUCAAAACACUUGGUUUCAACACACUUUACCAAGCAGGUGGUCUUGCCAGAGAUCUCAAGAUUGGUCACUACAUGAAAAUUCCUCCUCGUAUAACACUCGCUUCCCAGUUUGCUGGUACUAUUAUCGGUGCUAUCUUCAAUUAUAUUAUCAACAAGGUGAUUGUCGAAACCAGAGGCGAGGACCUUCUAGUGCCUGGAGGUACUAAGUUCUGGAGUGGUGUAAGUGGCCCUCAGACGAUGAACUCUGCAGCAAUGACUUGGGGCGCUAUUGGUCCUGCCAGCAUGUUUGGUAUUCAUACACGUUACUCUAUUGUCUUGUGGGCUUUCCUCAUUGGUCUUUUCUUGCCUGUACCUUUCUGGUUCCUUCAUAAAAAAUACCCCAAAGUUGGAUUUGAAUACGUUAAUGUGCCUAUUAUUCUUGCCAACGCCUGCGUACUGCCUGGUGGCACUUCUUCAUACUUUUGGUGUUCUUACUUUAUUGCUUAUAUCUCUCAGUACUAUCUUAAACGUCGCUAUACUGACUGGUUUGCAAAGCAUAACUAUUUACUUUCAGCUGCUCUUGACUCUGGAACGUCCAUCAUGGUGUUCAUCUUAUCUAUGGCUGUUCAAGGUGGUGCUAAUGGUGAAUCGUACAAUUUCCCUACCUGGUGGGGUAACAGACUAGACUUGCCACAUACUGAUUACUGUUGUGCUGACUGCUAAUUAAUGGCUGACACUAUCCUAAAAAAUAUCUUACACUAUAGUAAUAAACUACUUGCUGUUAUUAAUUAUAUACAACAUCAAAGUUUAGCUAGAGACUCUGGUGUUACAUGCCAAGCUAGCAAAGAAACACAUUAAUGCCAUUAGAUUGUAGAAGAGUCCGGCUGACAUGUUAACCGUGCGUCAUUCUUUUUGUUUUAUUAAAUAUAGCCCCUUUAUACAGCAGCGUGU